AUGCUGCGGGGGCUGGGCAGCUGGUUCGGGCUGGAGCGGGCGGGCGAGGAGCAGAAGCCGCCGCCCGAGGGGAGCAGCAGCCCCGGGGAGCGGAGCGAAGCCGGGGGCGCCGAAGGGGAGGAGGAGGCGGCGGGCGGGGACCCGGCCGUGCGGAGCCAGGAGCAGGUGGAUACGGAUCCACUCCUCAGCCAGGCCAAAGGACUCGGCAAUUAUCUCUUCAAUUUUGCGACUGCUGCUACAAAAAAGAUAUCUGAAUCGGUUGCUGAAACAGCACAAAAUAUAAAGAAGUCUGUAGAAGAAGGGAAAAUUGAUACCAUCAUUGAUAAGACAAUUAUCGGAGACUUUCAGAAGGAACAAGAGAAAUUUGUUCAAGAAAAGCACACAAAAAAGUCAGAAGCAGCAGUGCCUCCUUGGGUAGAUAGCAAUGAAGAAGAAACAAUUCAACAACAAAUCUUGGCCUUAUCAGCAGACAGGCGAAACUUUCUGCGUGACCCGCCAGCAGGUGUUCAGUUUAACUUUGACUUCGACCAGAUGUACCCCGUCGCUAUGGUAAUGCUACAGGAAGAUGAGCUUCUGAAUAGGAUGAGAUUUGAUCUCGUCCCUAAACAUGUAAAGGAGGAGGUCUUUUGGAGAAAUUAUUUCUACCGGGUUUCCCUAAUUAAACAGUCUGCACAGCUCACUGCACUGGCGGCUCAACAGCAAGUGGUAGGAAAGGAGGAGAACAAUGGCAGGAAAGAGGAUAUACAGCUGACAGAAACAGUAAGGCCCAAAACACCACCUGUUGCAAUCAAAUCUCAGCUAAAAUCUCAAGAGGACGAGGAAGAGAUUUCCACUAGUCCAGGUGUAUCAGAAUUUGUUAGUGAUGCUUUUGAUGCAUGUAACCUGAAUCAGGAAGACCUAAGGAAGGAAAUGGAACAAUUGGUGCUUGACAAAAAGGAAAAGGAGACCUCCAUAGUAGAAGAAGAGACUGCUGAUUGGGAGAAGGAAUUACAGCAAGAGCUUCAAGAGUAUGAAGUGGUGACAGAAUCAGAAAAACGUGAUGAUAACUGGGACAAAGAAAUAGAGGAAAUGCUGCAGGAAGAAAAUUAACCAUUUUCCUGAAAUCACUGCAACCCAUAAACAAUUUCUGAAAACUGACAUGAAUAUCUGCUUUCAUACUUGCUUCCAAAAUAUCUUCAAGAGAGACACGAACUUAAAAUCAUUAAAAUUCCAUAUAGGGAUACAGCCGGCCUUGCUGUUCUUUGUAUGAACAGUUUAUGAACGUGAUCACUCUUCUUAAAAUAUGAUUGCAGGUGAUAUGUAAUAAUCAAAAGUGAUAACAUUGUCAUGUGAAAUUACUGGUAUAUUAAUAUGUUUAGUUUGUACUUUUCUUUAGUGGGCCAAGAAGUGCCACUAGGAUGUACUAGAAUAUUUGUAAAUCUAAGAAAAUCUGAAGUUUUAGUCUACAGUCUUCUAUGGUGAGGUAAAAAUGGGAUGUUGUGACUAACUUUAUUCAUGCAAGUACUGCACUUCACUAUGUUUGCUUUUUAAUCUCUGUAUGAUAUUUAUCUGUGUACCAUUUAUUAAGUUACUUGUAACCAUUCACUUUCCUUUAUACUUUACUUCCUAAGAGCAUAUGGCGCCAAAGAAUUUACAGGAAAUCUUAUGAGAAUAACUUCCUGAUACCAGUUUGUUUUUUAAAAACAUGUACUAAUCCAGACGCUAAAAGAAGCACCGAUUUAUACUGAUGGGGUACAAGUCACCUAUCUUCUUAUUUAACCAUUUAAAUGUUAACUCUUACUUGCCUUGAUCUAACAUGUUGUUUCUUUAAACCAUCGUGUUACAGUAUCUCCUUUCCCAACAGACAGAAAGGGUUUGAUAGUCUUUUGUCUUCAAAGGAUAACUAAAUUUCAUGUCACUGACAGAAUUGCAAACACUUUAAAAGAGAAGAACUUAAUUCUGUUUUCUGGAUGAGAGCAAAUUAAAUACUUGUACAGUACUUAUUCACUUUUUCUUUAUUUUAAGUGAUGAACUUAAAUAUGUAGACGAGUAUUGUCUUGGUUUGGACUUCUUUAUUAAAUACUGUAGAUAUUUAUAAAAUUUACUUUUUUUAGCGUGAGUAUUGGAAUAUGACUGAUCAUGGUUGGAUACUUCCAACCUUCUGCAGAUUUCCAAAAUGUACUUUUCUUUCAGGGGGUUCUAAUCAUUAAAUGUAAUCAGCAAGAAAGUAGUUUCUUUUUAAGAACGGCGGUUCCAGAUUCUUUCCUAUUGCUAGGCACUUGUGUGUCAAUUAUGGUUUUUAUCUUAAACUCAGUAUCCUGUUUACAUAAAUAAGAAAAUAAUAUUCAGUUUGUUGCCUACUUUGAAAGUAACUGUUGUACAAGAAGUCUUGUCUUUGGGGUAUUAUGCUGCCUUUUCUUAAACAUUCAUGCCACGAGUAACUCCAAAAUUUUCUGAUAGCUUACAUUUUGUCAUUAAGUUGUAAAUUUUUAAGUGUCCUUUUAAUGAAAUCAUA